GUUGGCGACGACGUGACCGUGACCGUACCAUAUUUAUGAUUUCUCGUCGACAUAUUUUUAUUUUCACUGACGGACCACGGGUGCAUUUUUCAAAAUGAAUGACGAGAUGUUAAUUGAAUUAGUGAGUGAAAAUUCGGCUCUUUUUGAUUUGUCGAAUCCUAAGUAUAUGGACACUGAAUAUAAAAAUGGGAUAUGGAACAAAAUCGGCAUUGAAAUGAAAAUGGAUGGGUCUUCGUGUAAAAGUAGAUGGAAUAAUAUUAGAGACAAUUAUAGAAAAUCCUUGAAGAAGAAUAAAACUGUGAGUGUCCAGAAGGGGAAAGCAGCUAGGCCGUACAAAUUUUCUCAGCAUUUGAGUUUUUUAACGAAUUUUUUUGAAGACAUGGACACCAUAACCAACAUUGACUCAGAAACAAACCAAGAUUCCAUGGAUCAUGACGAAGUCGGUGAAGAAAAGGCCGCCACUACAUCGGCAGUUAUUAGUCAAUUAUGUGAAGUAUCACAUAGCCACUCUUCACCAAGUACAUCCAGAUCAUAUAAGCAGAGUCCCAGCAGAAUGCCAAAGGACGGCGCUACACCUAUAUCAUAUACUCAGAGUCCCAGGAGGAAAAAAAGACAGUUCCAGCAAAUUACGACUCCAAGCAAGAUUACGGCAACUGCUGUUCUGGACUAUAUUGUGAGACAAAAAGAAUUCAUGGCUUCCCCUUCUACGCCGUCAAAUGAGGUUGACGCUUUCUUAGCAGGGAUUGCUCCAGCUUUGAAAAAGAUGACGCCACGUUACUGGCAUUACGCCAAAGGCGAACUAUUUGCUACAGUGCAAAAGUAUGAACUGAUGGCCAUGGACAAUCAGCAAUUUUCGGCUCCUCUUCUCUUCUCUGAUGAACCUCUACCAUCCCCUACUGAAAGUAGUCACAUAAAUGACUCAGAAGAGUUACACAUGUUGCAAUCAUCAAACGAGUUAUGUAAACAGGAAACAAUAAAUCCUGCCGGGUAGGUAACCCUAAUAGCACACGACGUCCAAUGGACGUCCAAAAUAGGUCCAUUUUUGGUCCUAACGUCCAUGGACUAUAAAUGGACGUCCUUUGGACGUCCCAUGUUGGACGUCCUUCGGAAGGAAUAAAUAUGGACGUCCUUUGGACGUCCGACGUUGGACGUCCUUCGGACGGAAUAAAAAUGGACGUCCUUUGGACGUCCGACGUUGGACGUCCUUCGGAAGGAAUAAAUAUGGACGUCCUUUGGACGUCCGACGUUGGACGUCCUUCGGACGGAAUAAAAAUGGACGUCCUUUGGACGUCCGACGUUGGACGUCCUUCGGAAGGAAUAAAUAU